AUGCAGUCUCGAACCCCUCGACCCAAACCCCCGAACUGGUCCCCUCAGCCUCCCCUCUCCGUUUUCGUCCGCAAUCUCCAGCUCCUCCAGCUCGAUCGCCAUGAUGACUGGCCUCGCAUCUCUCUUCGCUCCCUCGCAGAUACGUCGCAGAACCAGCGUCAGCGUAUAAGAGCCAUCGAAUGGGCUCUAUACCACCUGGUUGCCCUUUGGGACCCUGACACCGCUCGGGAUAAACUCCGGCCCUUCUUCCCUCCGCUCGAGCCCCUGCAGUCCGUCAAUCUGCGUGCUGCCUUGUUCCGCGUGCUCUCUGAAUUGAAGAAACAAGGCGAUCUGGGCAGAGAAACCAUUCUCCGCAAGUCAAUGCUGGAUGAUUGCAAAGGAGAGAAAUUCGAGGAACUGUUGGCCGUCUUCUCUACUGCGGUGCUGCGGAAGACCCUCUCCGCUUCCUCAGAUCCCGCACUACAAAAUGUGGCCAUGAAGCUUUCAUUGGCUUCCGGGCUGACGCGCGAGGAAUACCAGCUUAUGCUCCCCCUUGUCCUCGCCCAUCGGGUCUCCCUCAACCAAAUCGGCGAGCGUCGCAACAGAGCCCGGGACACCCGUGAAAAGUUCACUCAAUUACUAGAACUUAAGAAGCUGCAGCUUGACGAACGAGCUAAGGAGAACCCUCCUCAACUCCCCGACACUGGCGCCGACAUAGAUGCGCUGGCCCAUGACCUCAGGGCUAACUGGCUGGGGUGUGAGGAUUGGGCGGAUACCCUCGUUGAUGGUGGUGCACAGGGCAGCAGCGACGUCUUUCUGGAACUCCCGUUCGACACCGCAUGGGCAAAAGCAAAGGAAUCAAGCGUGGAUGGCCUCCGUGCGAAUUCAUCCCCGGAUCUGCUAGUCGAUCUGGAAUCUCGCGUCUUCCGUCAGCGAGCCCGGCUCCAGCGCUGGCGCCAGUACAGUGCCUCUAUGCGCAAACAUGAACGGGUACAAUCCGCAAGCUCAACGAAAUCUCAGGCACUCGUCUUUCGAGAACAUCAAGCACUCACCGUCGCCAGCAUCUCCAAAGCCGUUCGGCAGCCAGUGGAACGCGCCUCGCCCAAAGCAGACGACCGGGCACUGCUCUUCUCCAUGACUGAGGCCAUUGCCCGGAUCAACGGCCGACCCGCAGCGCAUCGUCACCGCCAUACCCAUAGCGACUCGAGACCACGCAACCCUACAACAGUGUCCUCCAGCUCAGCAGUUGGAAGCAACAGAUCAUCUCCCCAGGCUGAACUGGACACUACCCGCUCAACCACCACAAGAACAUCAACACCCUCCAUCCCAGAGCCCCAGCCCAGCGUCCCCUCCUUCUCAACUACUGAAGUCCCCGAAAGGGACCCUUCUCCCCCUCCUGAACGAACUAGCAGAUUUACGCUCGUCGAACGAACCCGCAAGUCCAUGUCCCUUAUCGUACCACCCACCCAACCCCGACCAAGAGAAAGUUUCCGGUCCCACCGACAUCGGCCCUCUUUCCCCAUCAACCAAUUCGAAACUCCCCAGAAAUCACACACCAUUCCCAGUCGGGCCUCUACGCCACGCGACGAGCUUUUCGACGAGGAAGCGGACUACGCCAGCGUAUUCAAGUCGCGGCCCCGCGUGGCGCACAGUCCGGUCGCAUCGCCGGCAGUGCACAUCAGCCCCAUUGGGGAUUUCGAUCUGAGUCCAGACGAGGAAAUUGACCUGGACGGGGGAGACGAGGAGUAUGUGCAGGAUACUCCGUUGGCGUCGAGGCGGAGGGUUUUAUGAUUGUUACGUCGGUUCAUAUUUCGUUUUGGCUUUAUUAAUUCUUAUGUGUGACGUUCUUUUGGGAGACCAUUAUACUUACCCCUCUUACAUGCCUAUACCUACAUAUGAUUAAUGUUUAUAGAUCCUGGAUGAAAGCAGUACACGAUACAGCAAUUGAUUGUUAUUUUAGUGAGAUACG